CGCCAAUCAGCGCCGAGCGGCAGAGGAGCCAAUGGGACCGGCGGGGCCGGCGUCCGGCCAAUGGGAGCGGGGCGGGGCGGUGGCCGCGGCCAAUGAGCGUCGAGGCGAGCGGCGGCCGCGGCCGGAGCGGGGCUGAGGGGAGCCGCGGCUGCGGCCGAACCGGGCCGGGACCGGCCCCGAGGCGACCGGCUCCGCGGCUGAGGUAACCGGAACCGGGCGGAACCGGCCGUAAAGCGACCGGAACCGGCUCGGACCGGCCGGAACCGGCUCUGAGGUGACCGGGACCGCGGCUGAGGUAACCGGAACUGGGCAGAACCGGCUGUAAAGCGACCGGAACCGGCUCGGACCGGCCAGAACCGGCCCUCAGGUGACUGGGACCGCGGCUGGGGCGGCCGGGACUGGCCUUGAGGCACCUGGGUCGGUGGCUGAGGCGACCAGAACUGGCUCGGACGGGUCAGAACCGGCCAGCGCCGGCUCUGAAGCGACCGGAACCGGCUUGGACCGGCCAGAACCUGCCCUGAGGCGAUCGGUACCGGCUUGGACCGGCCAGAACCGGCUCUGGGGCAACCAGCACCAUGGCAGAGGCGGCCAGGACUGACUAGAACUGGCCCUGAGCUGAGCAGAACCACAGCCGGGGCGACCGGAACCGGCUUGGACUGGGCAGAACUGGGGCUGAUGCAACCGGAACCGGCUUGAACUGGCCGGAAUCAGCUCUGAGGCAACCAGGGCUGUGGCCGAGGUGGCUAAAACUGGCUCGGAUUGGCCAAAACCGGCUCUGAGGUGACUAAAACCACCUUGGAUUGGUCAAAACCGGCUCUGAGGUGACCAGAACUGGCUUGGAUUGGCCAAAGCUGGCCCUGAGGUGACCAGAACUGGUUUGGACUGGGCAGAACUGGUUCUGAGACCAGUGGAACCGACUUGGACUGGUUGGAAUUAGGUCAGAAGUGACUGGAACCAGUUUACACUGCCCAGAACCGGCCCUGAGAUGACAGGAACUGGCUUGGACUGGCCAGAACUGGGCCUGAGGUAAGUGGAACUGACUUGAACUGGCUGGAAUCAGCUCGGAGGUGACCAGAACCAGUUUGGACUGGCCGGAACCGGCUGUGAGGCCACCAGGACUGUGGCUGAGAUAACCGGAACCUGCUUGAACCAGCCAGAACUGGUUCUGAGGCAACUGGAAUCAAGCUGGACUGGCUGGAAUCAGCUCAGAACUGACUGGAACCAGCUUGGACCAUCCAGCACUGGUUCUGAGGUGGCCAGAACUAGCUUGGACCAGCCAGAACCGUCCUUGAGCUGAUUGGAACUGGCUUGGACCGGCCAGAACCGGUCCUGAGGUGACUGGUAUCAAUUUGGACUGGCCAGAACCGGUCCUGAGCUGACCGGAACUGGCCUGGACCCGCCAAAACCGGCUCUGAGCUGACUGAUACUAACUCACACUGGCUAGAACUGGCUCUGAGCUGAUCGGAACCGGCUUGGACUGGCCAGAACCGGUUCUGAGGUGACCAAUAUCAACUUGCACCAGCCAGAACCGGCCCUGAGGCGCCCAGAACCGGCUUGGACUGGCCAGAACCAGCCCUGAGCUGACCGGAACUGGCUUGGACUGGCCAGAACCAUCCCUGAGCUGACCAGAACCGGCUUGGACUGGCCAGAACCAGCCCUGAGCUGACCGGAACCGGCUUGGACUGGCCAGAACCAGCCCUGAGCUGACCGGAACCGGCUUGGACCGGCCAGAACCGGCCGUGAGCUGACCGGAAGCGGCUUGGACCGGCCGGCAGUGGCCCUGUGCUGACCGAACUAGCUUGGGGCAGCCAGAACCGGCCCUGAGCUGACCAGAACUGGCUUGGACUGGCCAAAACUGGCCCUGAGCUGACCGGAACCAGCUUGGACCGGCCAGAACCGGCCCUGAAGUGACUGGAAUCAACUUGGACCGUCCAGAAGCGGCCGUGAGCUGCCCGGAAGCGGCUGGGCCCGGCCGGAAGUGGCCCUGAAGUGACUGGUAUCAACUUGGACCGUCCAGAACCAGCCGUGAGCUGCCCAGAACCGGCUCGGACCGGCCAGAACCGGCCCUGAAGUGACUGGAAUCAACUUGGACCGUCCAGAACCGGCCGUGAGCUGCCCAGAACCGGCUUGGACCGGCCAGAACCGGCCCUGAAGUGACUGGUAUCAACUUGGACCGUCCAGAACCGGCCGUGAGCUGCCCAGAACCGGCUGGGACUGGCCAGAACCAGCCGUGAGCUGCCCGGAAGCGGCUUGGACCGUCCAGAACCGGCCCUGAAGUGACUGGAAUCAACUUGGACCGGCCAGAAGCGGCCGUGAGCUGCCCAGAACCGGCUGGGACUGGCCAGAACCAGCCGUGAGCUGCCCGGAAGUGGCUCGCACCGGCCAGAACCGGCCCUGAAGUGACUGGAAUCAACUUGGACCGUCCAGAACCGGCCGUGAGCUGCCCGGAACCGGCUCGGAUCGGCCAGAACUGGCCCUGAAGUGACUGGAAUCAACUUGGACCGGCCAGAAGCGGCUGUGAGCUGCCUGGAAGUGGCUGGGACUGGCCAGAACCAGCCCUGAGCUGCCCGGAAGCGGCUCGGACCGGCCAGAACCGGCCCUGAAGUGACUGGAAUCAACUUGGACCGGCCAGAAGCGGCCGUGAGCUGCCCGGAAGCGGCUGGGCCCGGCCGGAAGCGGCUGGGCGCCAUGUCGGGGUGGCUGGGGCGGUGGCCGGCGGCGCUGGAGGGCCGCGUGUGCCGCUCGCUGCUGCAGCGUUACCUGGGCCGCUUCCUGCAGCAGCGCCUGCGCCUCGAGCAGCUGCGCCUGGACCUGGCGGCCGGCAGCGCCGCCCUGCGCCACCUCCGCCUCGACCCCGCCGCGGUGAGCGAGGCGCUGGCGGCGGCCGGGGCCCCCCUGGAGCUGGCGGAGGGCAGCGUGGGCGCCGUGGCGGUGGCCGUGCCCUGGGCCGCCCUGGCCACCCAGCCCUGCGUCCUCGAGGUCACCGGGCUGCGCCUGGCCCUGCGCCCCUGCGCCCGCCCAGGGCAGCGCGGCGGCGGCGGGGGGGGGGGGGGGCCGCCCCCGGGCCCCGAGCCCCCCCCCGAGGAGCCCCUGCCCCCCCUCGAGGGCCUCGAGGCCGUCGCCGUCGCCAUCGACUCAGUGGUGCGGCGGGUGCGGGUGACGCUGGUGGACACGGUGCUGCGGCUGGAGCUGCCCCCCGGCGACGGCCCCCCCGGCGCCGCCCUCGAGCUCCAUCUGCACAGGCUGGAGUACGGCGAGCCGGGGGCCCCGGCCCCCCCCCCCGGCGCUGCACAAGCUGCUGCGGUUCAGCGACCUGCGGCUCUACUGCUGCGACCCCCCCCCGGCCCCCGGGGCGCCGGCCCCCCCCCCGGUGCAGGUGGGCUCCUGCCCCGGCCCCGCCGAGCUGCUGCUGCGCCUGCCCCCCCCCCGCGGCCCCCCGGGGGCCCAGGUGGAGCUGGAGGGGCAGGUGGGGGGGCUGCUGCUGCUGCUGCCCCCCGCCCAGCUGGGCGCCCUGCGGGGGCUGCUGGCCGCCUUCGCCCCCCCCGGGCCGGGGGGGGCCGCCCCCCCCACGGAGCCGGGCCGCAGCCGUCCGCUGGCGCCCCAGGACCUGCGGGUGAUCGAGCGGGAGCUGAGCCAGCGCCUGCGGGGGGGCCCCGGCGCCCCCCCCCCGAGCCCCCCCGGCCCCCCCGGCCCCGAGCUCUUCUACUCCAUGACGGGCUCCAGCAGCAGCGAUGCCCCCAGCCCCCCCCCCAGCCCCACGGGCAGCCCCCCGCCGCGGCCCCCCUCGUCUGACGCCUCCUCCGCCCCCCCCGGCAAGGUGACGCCGUGGCGGCUGCGGCUGGCGCUGGGGGGGCUGGUGCUGG